CUGAUUGGAGACCUUAAGAAGAUGAAUGUUCAUACCCCACCCACACUCCAGAAGCUGGCAAUUCAGACUCUGGUGAGAGAGGAGGCUCUAGGCAUGUCUGAUCUGGAGGAGAUGGCCCAUGGACUCUUCCCAGCACAUUUCAAGGAGGCCAUUGAUGGCAGGUAUAUCAAGCUCAUAAAGGCAUUGGUGAUAGCCUGGCCUUUCCACUGUCUCCCUGUGGGGGCAUUGAUGAGGACUACUGACCUGGAAACAUUGCAGGCUGUGCUAGAUGGAGUAGACAUUCGUCGAACCAUAGGGUUUCACCCCAGGAGGAAAAAACUACAGUAUCUCGACCUGAGGAAUGUGCACCAUAGCUUCUGGAACAUAUGGACUGAUUCAGAGGACAGUGACUAUUCAGCAGAGAUCUUGGAUGAAAAGAAAGCCCUGCAGGUCCGUCCCAGAUAUGCACUGAGGCAGCGUCUGAAGGUCACAGUUGACCUGUGCAUCAGGUCCUGCCUUGAUGAAGCACAAACAUGGUUCUUGCAGUGGGCCCAGGAGAGAAAGGGCUCCCUAUAUUUCUGCUGUACAAAGAUGAAAAUCUGGACUCUGCCAGUAAAAGCUCUCAGACAUAUCUUCCACAUUUUUGAUCCAGAGCACAUCAUGGAGUUAGAACUAAACACUGAAUGGACUCUUUUAGAGUUGACACAUUUUGCCCCCUAUUUUGGGCAGAUGAGAAAUCUUUGCAAAGUAUUCCUGGCACCCCUCCACAAAAUCGACUUCCAUUUACCCAAUAGAACAAGAGUCACCGAAGUCAAGUGUAUCAACAAGUUUGUUUCUCAGUUCUCCAAAUUCAACUGUCUGCAGCAUCUUUUCAUGUUCUGUGUCCAUUUUCUCAGAUCCCAGAUGAAUCAGGUCCUAGGGUGCUUGAUGACACCCUUGAAGACCUUCUCCAUUACUUACUCCCUGAUUUCACAGAGAGAUUUGGAUUCCUUUGCCUGCUGUCAGAGCCUCUUUCAGCUAAAACAUCUGGAAUUGAGAGGUGUGGUCUUACUGGAUUUGGAUCUUAUGCCUCUGAGAGGUCUCCUCAUGAAAGUGGCAGGCACUCUUGAGACUCUGGAUUUGCAGGGGUGUAGGAUGAAGGACUCCCAGCUCAGUGUCCUCCUACCUGCAUUCAAACAAUGCUCUCAGAUCUCCAAUAUCAACUUCUACAACAAUGAAUUCUCCAUGCCCUUCCUGAAGGACCUUUUGCAGCACACAGCCAACUGGAGCAAGAUGAAUGUGGAACAAUACCCUGCCCCUCUGGAGUGCUAUGAUGAAUUUGCUCAAGUCUCUGUAGAAAGAUUUGUGCGACUUUGUCAGGAUCUCAUGGAUACACUGAGGGCAAUAAGGCAGCCCAAGAACACCUCCUUUGCUACAGAUAUCUGCCACACAUGUGGGGAGCGCUGGGUCUUUGACCAGGUGGCCAACCUUUGUCGUUGCUGGCAGUAA